AUGACUUCGCAAAAUGGUGGCGAGAGCCACCAACCUCCACCGCAACCGCAAGGUGAAAAGGUUACUGAAGUGGGAUGGUUUGUUCUUGGUGAAGAUCAACAACAGGUUGGCCCUUACGCCUUCUCAGAGUUACGCCAACAUUUCUUGAAUGGAUACCUCUCCGAAAAUACGUUUGUGUGGUCUGAAGGAAGGAGUGAGUGGCAGCCCUUGUCGUCAGUUUCUGACCUGUGGACUCAACUUAACCGGCAGGGACACGAUUCUUCAACUGCAGUGUCCGCCCACGAUGUUGACGAGUUUGAUAGAUGGCAAAAGGAGAUUCAGGAGGCAGAGGCACAGGUGGAAAAUUCAGAUUUUGGAUCCUUUUCUGGCAAUGUUGGAGGUACUGGGGCAGGAGAAGAUUCUGAGAGACCUUCGACUCCACCUGAGGGUGAAGAAGAAUUUACUGAUGAUGAUGGAACUGUAUAUAAGUGGGACAGGAAUCUUAGGGUUUGGGUUCCCCAGGAGUUUCCAACUGGUAGCACUGAGCCUUAUGGGCUUGAAGAUAUGACCUUCUUGCAAGAAGAGGAAGUUUUUCCAACAAUAACUAAUUCUGAUGCCUCUGAAAAGUUUGAAGACGGUUCAAAAUUGGUUGUUUCUGAACCUUCCUUAAAGGAAGAAGCAAACGAAGCAAAUAAUACCAAUGUGGUAGCAGGUGGGAAAAGGAAGCUUUCAGAUCAACAAACUGACAAGAAGGAAGCUAAUAAACCCCCCGAUAGUUGGUUUGAAUUAAAGAUCAAUACACAUGUUUAUGUCAAUGGGUUGCCAGAGGAUGUUACCAUUGAUGAAAUUGUGGAGGUAUUUUCCAAAUGUGGAAUUAUAAAGGAGGACCCAGAAACCAAAAGGCCUCGUGUGAAGCUCUAUGUUGAUAAAGAGACAGGAAGGACAAAGGGAGAUGCUCUGGUUACAUAUCUUAAGGAACCUUCGGUGGCUUUGGCAAUUCAAAUUUUAGAUGGAGCACCUCUUCGCCCCGGUGGCAAGAUUACUAUGUCUGUCAGCCAAGCUAAAUUUGAGCAGAAAGGUGGUCGCGAUGAUGCAAAAGUUUCAAUUCCAGCAACUGUUAUCCUUCGCAAUAUGUUCGCUCCAGCUGAAAUGAGGGCUGAUGAAAAUCUGCGUCUAGAACUAGAAGAAGAUGUUAAAGAGGAGUGCACAAAGCUUGGUCCUGUAGAUUCUGUCAAGAUAUGUGGAAAUCAUCCUCAUGGAGUUGUUUUGGUAAAAUUCAAGGAUAGGAAGGAUGCCCAAAAGUGCAUAGAAUUGAUGAACGGAAGAUGGUUUGGUGGUAGACAGAUACAUGCCAGUGAAGAUGACGGUUCAGUAAACCAUGCAUUAGUCCGGGAUCUGGAAGGAGAUGCCAUUCGACUGGAGCAGUUUGGUGCUGAACUUGAAGGUGACUGA